CCACCACCACACACCACCACUCGCGUCGCUGCACUCACCGCGACAGCACCGUAACCUUGGCGGUCCCGACCCUAAAACCUUCACCACCACCACCACCGCCGCCACUCAGCACCGCGCAACACCACAAGCAACACACCAUGCAGGCCUUCAGGUGGUGGUGGUGGGCCCUGGCGGUGGUGGUGGUGGCGCCCUUAGCCGGCCCUGCAGAAGCCUCAAACAUCCUCGUCUUAACCCCCUUCGGCUCGCGGUCAGUUCGUAGUCUAUUCCGCACGCUGACGGAGGCGCUGUCGGCGAGAGGGCACCAGGUCACCCUUGUCACUAGUGGGGAACCGCCGCCCCCGCACCCUAACAUAACCCACCUCCGCGCCCCGCACUCCGCUCUCGACCAAAUGGACUUGUUCGAGGUCCGACGAGACUCCGCGGCCUUCAGGUUGUGGCUCAAGGCUCUCCCGGCGGUGGCUCGGCGUCUGUACGAGGACUCCGCCAUCAUGGAUCUUUGGCACAGGCGGAAGGAGUUCGACGCCAUCAUUAUCAACAGCGCCGCGAACGAGAUGGCUUUCCCCUUCCUCAUAGGCGUGGAGGCCCCGUUCAUUACCCUGGCGCCUGUGGGAACCGAGCCUCUCCAGCUAGCCUACCUCGGGAACAUGGUCUCCCCUGCGGCUCUUCCCUCCGUGGUAGUGCCCUAUGAUGACACGCUAACCCUGUGGGAACGCCUGGUCAACACCCUCGCUACCGCCCUCCUGAGAACUUACUUUAGGAGAUCUGUCGGUCGCCCCCUCGCCGCCGCCCUCCGUGAGACCUUCCCCGACCUCCCCGACCCCUACGAGGAGUACCCGCGCCAGGCCCUCGCGCUCCUCAACAGGCACCACCUCCUGGACGGCGCCGUGCCCCUCCUGCCCAACCAAGUGGAGGUGGGAUGUAUGAACUGCCGCCCCGCCGACCCUCUGCCCCAGGACGUUCAGCAGUGGAUGGAGGGAGCUGGGGAGGCCGGGGUGAUAUACUUCAGCCUGGGGAGCUUCCAGGAGGCGGCCGGCAUGCCUCAACAGUACCGCGACGCCUUGCUGGGGGCAUUCGCGAGGCUCCCCCAGCGCGUGAUUGUCAAGUACUCGGGCCCGCCGCUCCCCCUGCCCCCCAACGUCAAGGUGUUCGAUUGGCUACCCCAGCAAGACGUCCUGGGCCACCGGUCCACGCGCGUGUUCGUGACGCACUGCGGGAAGCACAGCGCGGCGGAGGGCGUGUACCACGGGGUGCCAAUGCUGGGGCUGCCCAUCACCUUCGACCAGCCGCGCACGUGUGCCCGAAUGGCGAGGCGCGGGGAGGCCAAGGUGCUGCAGUGGGAGGCGCUCACCGAGGAGGCGCUCACGGCGGCCAUCACGGAGCUCAUGCAGGACGCCAGGUACAAGGAGCGGGUGCAGGCGGUGUCGGUGCGUCUCAAGGCCCAGCGGGAAACGGGGCUCGAACGCGCGGUCUGGUGGGUCGAGUAUAUCACCCAGCACGGCGACCUUCACCUCAAGUUCUCCGGGAAGGAUCUUAGCCUAGCCCAAUACCUGCUGUUGGACGUCCUGGCGAUCCUGCUGGCUGUACUGCUGACCGUGGGGCUCGUGGUGUUCCUGCUGGGCCGUCUGCUGCUGAGGAAACUGUGGCCCACGCAGUUUUGGCCCUGGGUGGGGAUGAAGACCAAGCUGCAUUGAGGAGUUGGCUUUGGUGUGUGGGGGAGAGGGGUUUAGAAGGAAUGCAAGGGUGUGACGAGGAAUGCUGGGAGUGAAAGAAGGGAUGGAAUGAUGGAAGGAAGGAAGGAAGGAGGGAGGAAAAGGAAAGUAAAAAGAGAAGGAAGAAAAGGAAGGGAAAGGAGGAGAAAGAGAAGGAAAGAAGGGAGGAGAGGGGGAAUGCUAGGACUGAGAGAAGGGAUGGGAUGAUGGAAGGAAGGAAGGAAGGAAAGCAAAUAAAGGAGAAAGGAAGAGAAGGAGAAGGAAAGGAAUGGAAAGGGAAAGAAAGGGAAGGAAGUGAAAGGAAUGGAGGAGGAAGAGAAAGGGAAAGAAAGGAAAUGAGAGAAGGAAAGAAAGGGAAGGGGGGAAGGAAAAGAAGGGAAGGAAAGGAAUGGAAAGGGAAAGAAAGGGAAGGAAAGAAAAGGAAUGGAGGAGAAAGAGAAAGAAAGGAAGAAAAAGAAAGGGAAAGAGAAACGAAUAGAAAGGAAAUGAGAGAAGGAAAGAAAGGGAAGGGAGGAAGGAAAGAAGGAAGAAAGGAAGGAAGAAAGGAAGGAAGGAAGGAAGGGGAGAGAGAAGGGAAGGAAAGCAAAAUUAAAGAAAAAAAAGAAAGAAAAUUACAAGAGAGAAACAAGAAAAGAAGAAAAGAAGAAAAAAAGCGAUUCUGAAAACAAUGAAGAGAGAAAGAAUUUGAUACUUUGAAAAUUGUUAUCAUGAUUGUUGUUGUUAUUGUUGUUGUUGUUACUGUUGUUGUUGUUGUUGUUGCUCAUGUUAAUACUGGGACUUGGAGGAGGAGGAGGAGGAGGAGGAGGAGGAGGAGGAGGAGGAGAAGAAGAAGAUACAGAUAAUUCACAACAAAAAUACUCUCUCUCUCUCUCUCUCUCUCUCUCUCUCUCUCUCUCUCUCUCUCUCUCUCUCUCUCUCUCUCUCUCUUUAGUUGUAUACAUAUUCAUAAUCUAAGGCAAUACACAUUAACCUCUGCAUGUAUGUAUAUAUGUAUGUAUGUAUGUAUGUAUGUAUGUAUGUGUGUGUGUAUAAAAUUUCGUGUACGGUUUUCUAUUAAGACUGUGUACAUAUAUAUAAACCUAAGCUGUGUGUGUGUGUGUGUGUGUGUGUGUGUGUGUGUGUGUGUGUGUGUGUGUGUGUGUGUGUGUGUGUGUGUGUGUGUGUGUGUGUGUGUGU